GGAAGUGGUAGAGCCCUCCUUCUUUGUACUCCCAUUGGCUGCCAUGCUGUGCCCAUCAGGUUGGGGGAGCCUGAGGUGGCUGUAGAGCCUGUAACAAAGGCCAGGGUGACAUAGAAAGGGGGUGCUUGCCCCAUCUCUGCCUCCAGUGUGCCUUACUGGUGUAUGAUCCUUCUGUAGAUAACCCCCCCCUCUCUGUAUCUAUAACAAGGGGCCCAGGACCUGCUUCAACAUGAAGUGUGAAAACUGCACCAAAUCGGAAUGCAGCAAAAAAAAGAAGAAAAAUGAGAGUGGGGAGUCUGAAGAUGCUGAUCCGCUGGCUGUCGCCUUCGGAGACGGCGAGGAGAACGAGUUCCACCGACUCACCGAAGCGCGUAUCUUUCUGAGUGACUGCAUGGCCUGCGGAAACUGCGUGACGUCUGAGGAGGGGGCUCAAAUCUUUGCUCAAAACCAGAAAGCAUUUUUCAAAGUACUAAGCCUUAACAAGAAAUGCGACACGUCCCUGCACCGUCUGGUGGUUGCGUCUGUAAAUCCACAGUCCGUACCUUACUUUGCCGUCAAGUUUCGUCUGUCUGUCUGUGAAGCGGCCAGGAAGCUCUGUGGUUUUCUAAAGAGUCUGGGUGCCCAGCAUGUAUUUGACACAACAAUUGCUGCUGACUUCAGCAUUUUGGAGACACAGCGAGAUUUCUUACAAAGAUUUAGACGGCAGACUCAGGAUGAACACGCCUUCCCCAUGUUUGCCUCUGCAUGUCCAGGGUGGAUGCAGUAUGCCGAACGAGUACUGGGUGACUCUGUGACUCCACAUAUUUGCACGGCCAAAUCCACCCAGCAGAUCAUGGGAUCACUGGUUAAAGGUUACUUUGCUUCUCACAAGAACCUUUCUCCUGACAAAAUAUUCCACUUGACCAUAGCCCCCUGUUACGACCGGAAAAUGGAGGCCCUGCGGGAAGAUUAUUACACCGCUUUGUAUAAAUGCCGGGAUGUUGACUGUGUGCUCACCUCAGGAGAAAUCAUGCAAAUAAUGGAACAAAGAAACCUCUCUAUCAAGGAAGUCGAAGCCUCUCCAUUAGAAAAUGUGUUUGCUGGAAACACUUGUGAGUUUGUUCGCCACGAGGGCAUUGGCUCUGACGGGUACUUGGCACACAUCUUCCGACAUGCGGCUAAGGAGCUCUUUGACAUGGAUGUUAAGGAAAUCACAUACAAAACACUAAAAAAUAAAGAUUUUCAGGAAGUUUGCCUCGAGAAAGAUGGAGAAACUGUCCUGCGCUUUGCUGCUGCUUACGGCUUUCGCAAUAUUCAGAAUAUGGUACUUAAACUGCGCAAAGGGAAGUUUCAUUAUCACUUUGUGGAAGUCCUGGCCUGUCCUGGAGGAUGCCUGAAUGGAAGGGGUCAGGCACAGACUCUGGAUGGAAAACCAGAGCGAGCAACUCUACAUGAGAUGGAAGAGGCUUAUACGCUAGUCCCGGUACAGAGUCCCGAAAAUAACCCACACAUACAGGAGCUCUAUAUGAACUGGCUUGAGGGGGCAGAUUCUCAGAAAUCAAGGGAAAUGCUACACACCAAGUUGGUUCCCGUCUCUCAAGCUGGAGCAAGGCCGGACAUGAAGUGGUGACGUUCUGUAGACGCCCACCGAACAUUCGUACUGUUCUAUGCAAGGUGGCCCUUAACUCCUGCCCUCAUAAUUUCCAUCAGUAGCCUCAGAAUUUUAUUUUAGAUUUUUUUCAAAGAUUCAUUUGUGGGCAACGUCAUACUUCGAACCCUUUUCUCGAAAAGCUGUUUUGGAGAAUCUGUAGCCGCAACGUUAACAUAUUACCUGUGAAUUUACACAAUGGCUCAACCAAAUUAAGGUGGUUGAUUUUGAGUUCUACUGGAAGAAUGUUGUCUUGUCUGCUGUAGGUUUUGGGUCAGACAUCUGCGGAAAUGAAACUCAAACCUAUUCUUCAGCAACUUUGGCGCUUGUCAGCUAAAUAAUAAAACUAAACUAUUUGCUGCUAGAUUAUUGGGCUACAAAAAUAAUCAGUAAGCCCAGGACUUGAAGGUUUAAAUUGGCAGUGCAUAUAAGUAUACUUUUUGUGACUGACAGUGACUGCCACCUGCCAGGGCAUGAUUUAAAUAUAAAAUAAUUAAGCCACAUUAGGCACAGUGUGUUCCCAUUAUUGUCCCUCAAAAAACAAUUGGUUGGAGACUAUAGGUGUGCAAACCAACUGUCUUGAUUGAAAAUCAUUUAUAAGCUGUUACCCCUGCCUGUCUGUCUUUAAAUAAUGAAUGGUGCUUUAUGUCAGUUGCUGGCUUCCAAUAUGAUACACCCCUAAUGGUUCAGGUUUUAGGGACAUCCCAAUUCUCUCCCAACAGGGAUACUAUUAAAACUGGAACUGAUUAUGUUCUGCGGGAGGUUUAGUAUAGGUAUGGAGGACUUCAUGAGUAAUCUGGUCCGACUACCAUUGCUGAACCAAUUUAUAUGGACGUUCCUUUUCUCAGGAGGUAAACUCAAAUGUCUACCUUUAACCUGUAGGUAAAGUUGAUUAAUAUUCAUGUAAACAGACACUUUAAGCACUGUCACUACUGCAGAUUUUUGUAUGGGAUAUUGUGCAAAGAGUCUGAUUGCAGUGCCCCAUAAUGCAUCCAAAGGCAUCCAAAAUUUGACAACUGUGACAGACUGCGAGAACUGGUUUAUCCCUGAUGUUUGCACCCUAUUACUGCUGCCCAAUUCUGUACGUCAUUGUACACUAACAUGGAGACAAUUGCUCAGACAUAAUGAUAUAAAAAUGGGUAAGGAGGAAGUCGGUACCUAACGGAUGGGAACUGCCACUACAAUACACUGUAGUUGUUAUAGUGCUUAGUGUGUCUGUUUAAUGUGGUGCUGGUCUCGCUAGCUAUUCGAUUAAAUGUUGUUGAUUCAUGUUUUGUUUUUGUUUUCAAAGUGUUCGACUUCCUUAAAAUUACCAAAGAGGCUGGAAACUUAAUUUGAAGAUACACAAAUGCGCUGCUAAUAUCCGUGUAAUAUUUCAAAAUACUAGCAUUGUUCUAACUGGUGUCUAACCUACCACGAGGCAUGAAUGUUACAUUUCUCCCCCGGUACCGAUAAUUCUUUACUUUGUUUUCUUGUUGUCUUUGAAUUUGUGUCCGAUGACUAGCAAUGCAUUCGUCCAUAAACCAUGUUUGCAUGGGUCUAUUUAUUGUAUUAGCUCAUCGAUGCACACACUUGGAAUAAAUGGUAGACCUUUGAAA